GUGGAUUCAGGACAAAGUUCAUGGUUAUCUAGGUAGUUUAACAUCAGUAGGAUGGAGAACUCACUUGGUAGUUAAAACCCUGAACGUGCCCCAGCGUCCCAUGCCCCCACCAAAUGCACCUCGGAUUCACGCAGCGAGAAGAGACCCUUUCCCCGAAAAUCCGCCAGGAAACCAACCGCAUCGUCGGCUCUCGCUCGCAGACGGAUAGAACGAGAAACCGAUAUCCCAGCCUGCCCCCCCCCCAGCAUGCGCCCCCGAACCCUCCCCAGGAUAUCUCUCCUUCUCCCGAGGUCGUUCGCCCCGAGUAGCAGCGGUAGCAGCAGGAGGCUGGCAAACGUUAACGGCAAUGCGACGUGUUGGCGGCGGCCCACAUGGAUGCCACCGGCGCCAGGGACCUGCCGGUGUCGCAUCCACGGCCGCGGAACCGCCGCUGCUGCUAGUCGCGCGCAGCAGCUUCGCCAGCAGCCUCCAAAACCCCUCAAUUGUUCCUCCAAUGAGCGACCGCCGCCCGCUUCUGACAUCAUCCCGACCGCCGGAGCCAAGCUGGGCCCGCCGCCGCCGCCGCCGCCGCCGCCUCAGUCCGUUCGAAAUUGGUCGCAGCCGACGACGCAGGGCCAGACCCCGGACGGGCACGAGCAUAAACACGACAAGACGGGAGAUGCGGAGGCAGAUACCAACCCCCCACGAGCCAAACCUCCUCGUGAUACUCGCCCGUCCCAGACCUACGGGACGACGUUGACUAGGCGUCCCCAGAAGACCUCUUGUCAACCUAUCGGAGCCGUCAAUGGCCAACCUCGGCCGACGAUAGCAUACUUAGCUAGGCAGUCAGUCAUUCCAAACACCAUACACACACACACGGGGGGGAGAGGGAAGGCAAUGGCUGUUCUCCCUUCCCCCUCCCCCCCCCCGCACAUGUGUUCCGUUGCAAUUCCAUGCCCUUUUCCACGAUCCUGACCUGUCCCUGCUCAUUGCCCCGCCACCUACGCUGGUUUCUACGGGCCUUUCCCAUGGACGAAUCAACAUUGUCUCCCGCAGCCCCCAUCGUCGAUUUGUUCUUCUACGCGCGAUACUCUUUUGCCCCCUCCACUGCUUUUCCAGUAAAGCCCCAAUUCAACCUAUAGCUCUAGCCCUCGAAUCCCAUUACAUGCAUCUCUUGCCAUCUUCAACAUAACAAACCCCC